AUGUUCAGCAAAUAUUUCUUAUUAUUCCUCGCCCACGUGAUAAACGUUAAUUUACAAAACAUCAAGUGUUCAAAUAAAGAAUUUCUAUGUGAAGCCUCUUCUCGAUGUAUUCCACUUUCUUGGCUUUGUGAUGGAUCUCGAGACUGUAGUGAUUCGGCGGAUGAGAAUCAUGAACAUUGCGAUAUUCGACCAGCCAAUUCUUCAUGUUUCGGAAAUCAGCCGGAAUGUCUCUAUGGCGGAAUAAAGCGUUGUAUUCUUCAUGAAUGGUUAUGUGACGGUCACAAAGAUUGUGACAAUGGUGACGAUGAACAAGGCUGUGAAAUUAUUGAAAAAGUUUUGGACCGAAUUCAAUGUGGUGUAGCUGAGUUCACGUGUGCUUCAGGAUCUUGUGUCCCUCUAGCCUUCGCUUGCAAUGGUGCUGCUGAUUGUAUGGAUGGGAGUGACGAACUUGAUUGUAAGAAGAAAUCACAAAGAAUCAUAGAACCCGGUGAUCAGAUUGUGACUUCUCUUCGUGUCAACGAAUCAACUCAAGUUUUUCGAAAUGUAUCAAAUACUAACAGCAGUUUGGACGACACAGACUUAACAAUGAAACCAAAGUUUGCAAGUUCGUCCUCAGAGUCGGAUGAAAUGGAGCAUGAGACCACAGUAGCAUCAAAGCCUACCAUAGCAAUGCCUGAAGUGCCCAAUGACAUUUCGGAAUCAUCGCGAAAUGAUAAAGUUGAGCAUAAACCUCUCCCACUGACCUCCUUCGUUUAUACCUUCACUUCAACAACAGUCAAAAUGGUGCCAACUACAACAACGAGCCCGGUUCAUACUCAAACAACCACACCGUUUUUGAACCCAAUCUUUAGUACCAGAAAUAUAAUGUUUGAUUUAUUUCCUUGGCUAACGACCAAAGCAUCUUCUGUGCCGACUACUUCAGUCCCAACUUCAGCAACUUCUCCGCAAACUUCAACCCAAUACUCAUCAUCCUCUUACACUUCCAGUCAACCGACUAUAACAACUUCGUCGUAUUUGCUGGAAACACCAAAAACAACACCACCAACAAGCUCAUUAAUCGAAGAAAACAAUUCAGUUUAUAUUCAAAAAGCGAAGGUUUUCAAGGUUCAUCACGCUCCGAAAGUCUCAUCAGUAUCAGAAGUAGCAGCCGAUGAAAACAUAGGCAGCUCAAACAAAAUAACGAGAUCAGAUGGUUUUGGAAAUGUUUCAGAUGCCACAGAUUAUAAGAAGCCGUUAAGGGAAAUAGCCAGACCCGUCAGAUUUGUGAAAGGACUUCAAAAGCCAAAUAAGUAA